ACUUUUACCGUAACGCUCAUUUUUCAUUGCCUUUAUCAUGAAUUUUAACGACGAUCCUCUGGCGGAGCUGCUGAGUGAUAAUAGCCUGGAUAAUGACAACUUUUUCGACACUCCUGGUGGAAAUCACAAAAAGCCUGCCAAAAUGGGAAAGCCCAAAGGAAAGCUCGAGGAUUUGUUUGGCAUUCAGGAGGAGACGGAGGCGGAUGUGCAGGGGCAGGGGUCAGGAGCUAGGAACAAGCCCAACGCUACCAGCACGCCAAGAAUUGUUAAGCAGAAGCCUUCAAUAUCACUAGAUGAUGGCGAUAUUGCCGAGGAUGAUGACUUGGGUUUUGAUCCCAAGCGACCAAAGAGCGGAGGCGCUAAAAGAAGUUUGUUUGAUGACCUGCUAACCAGUAAUCCAGAGCCCAAGAAGAAUAUCUUUGACGAGAUUCUGGCGGGAGAUGCCGGCAAACGUCCUGCAACAGCAAAGCCAUCGAUGUCCCGCCAAUCUACGGACACAACCACGGAUAACUCGCAGGCAAGACCCAAGACUUCGACAGGAAGAAGAAGUUCCGCGCAAUCGGCCACCAUUAAUAUUAAUGCCGAUCCUUUGGGACUUUUUGGCAGGGAUACGAAUGCCACCGUUUCGGGUAUGUCUACGCCCGUUUCCCGAAAGCGGGGAACCACCGCGGAUUGGUUAGGUCUUGAGCAGGAUCAGGAGCAGGAACAGCAACCCAUCACGCCUAAGCCCCAGACACCUAAAAAACAGCCCUCCAAUGAGGAUCCGCCGAAAAGUACAGCAGAUAUACUUCGCCUUCCCGACUCCGAUGAGAACGAAAUGGAGCAGGAACCAGAAAUGCCUGUCGUGUCCGCUUCAUCCGGCGUGACUGCUUCCACCCAGAAUAUUCUGAUGUUGAGCAAUCUUAAUCUGGAAAGCAAUCACAAAUUCAAUGCCUUGCAACAACAGGAGGCGCAAUUGGUUAUUGCCGCGCAAAUGAAGAACCAGGAGAGAACACUACUAGAAAUGCAGCGUCGCCAGGAGAACCAGGAUCAAAAGUUCCAGGCCCUAAUCCAACAACAACUGCAGCGUCAGCAACAAAUGGAGGAGCACAUCAAGGGGCAACAGGAACGGAUCAAUAUGCACAUUCAGCUGAUGAUGUCACAGCCUGUGCGUGUUCAGGAAUUGGUCUCCAACCCCGCGCCCGUGGAUAAACUAGAACCAGAAACAAAGAAAGACAACAAGGCAGCGAGCCAGGAGCAGGAACAGUUGCUCCUACUCGAAAUGGAUGCCAAGAGGAAUCUGCUGGAGAAACAGCGACUAGAUGAGCUGGUGGCCAACAUGAAGGUUAACUAUGAGCAGGAAAUCGAAAUGAUAGACACCUCUUAUAAAAAACAAAUAAAGGUACUGGAGGAUCACUUGUCCGCCGUAGAGGAUCGUCUCAAGCUAGAGAACACUGAACUGCGACAGUACUAUACCGACAAACUAGAGAAACAAAAGGAGGACUAUGUGGAACAGAUCUCCAACCUAAGGCAGGAUCACGAGGAUGAGGUGCGCAAGCUGCGGCAAUCCCAUGAAAUGGACCUUGAGGGGAUUCGUCAGGCAAAAAUGCUAGAGUUCUCAGCGGUACAGGAUCAUGGUAACUAUCUGGAGACGCUUCGUUUGGCCUCCAGCAAUCUUCAAGAGCUUCGUAACGAGAUGACUGGCAACCAUGAAAAAGAGCGACAGUUGGAGGCACGGGAACGUCGAUUGGCCGAUCAGGAAAGGCGUUUAAAGAUCGACGAGGAGACGGCCGACGAGGAGAAGCGCCGCCUGAUGGAAUUAGUUAGUACACUGGAACUGCAGCUUGGUCGUCUGUCCAAGGACUCUGCCGAGGAAAACUGGCAGUUGCGCCAGCGAAUGUCCAGCUUGGAAGCGGAACGCAAGGCUUUCGAGCGCGAAAAGGACUUCCAUCGCGAGCAAAUAAAGCGGGACGAAAAGCGUGUUGAGGAAUUGAAAACCCUUCAGCUAGCCGAGACUGAGCGAUUGCACCACGAUCUCCAGCAGGAGCGCAAUCAACUCGCAGUGGAACGCCAGCAAAUUGAAUUAAAACAGCAACUUCAUGAACAAGGCGACCUGGAUAAGGAUCGCCGGGAAUUGGAGGCCCAAUUGCAGGUGGCCCGCGAGGCCAUUCGACGGGCGGAUGAGGAGCGGGACCGCUGCAAUAAACUCCAGCGUGAAGUGGAGCAACGCAAGCGCCUCCUUGUGGAUAAGGAGAACGCCUUGAAUGUUAAGGAGGACGAACUGGGUCAGGCCACCGGCGCCUAUCGCCUGGCCACAAGUCGCACACAUAUGGCCGAGCACAAGGCUCGAGAGGCGGACCAGCUACUCCAGGCCAAGCUAAAAAUAAUGGGUAAACGGGCUCAAGAUCUCGCCGAAAAGGAGGCCCAAUUGGCCCAGGAACGAAUGCUUUUGGCGCAGGAUCGUAUCACCCUGGUUAAUCUGAAAAAGCAGAUUCUACGCAGCAGGUGUGCCCUCUGCAAAAUGGGUGCAGAGACAGCUGAACUCACUCUUCGAAGGGGCAAUGGUAAUGUUAAUCCCCUGACAACAACCGAUCUUCAACUGCCUCAAAUGACGGCCAACAAUGCGGAGCUCCUGCUGAAAUUGUCUGCCCAAGAACCGGGACAGGCUCAAAGCGAUAUUGUGGAUCGAAUGCUGGACGAGAAUAUCGAGGCUUCCUACCGCAGGAUGUAUAAUGUACCAACUAGCAGUUCUCUCGAUGAUCCCGACUAUGGACUGAAUUUGGUUGGUGGACUGGACGAUGACUCCAAAGUGGCUAUGGAUAACGGCAGGAACCUGGAUUUGGAUGAGACAUUUUUGUAUAACUAUAAAUAGAACAUUUAUAAUGAAAAAUCCAACUAUAAAUCAAAGUGAAACGCAUAAUAU